UUUCCCUUUAUAUUUGGAGUAGUCGUGUGGCCUUUAUCAAUCUUCAAUUCUUCAUCUUCCAUGGCGGAAACUUGUUCUUUAGCUCUCUGCUUCUCUCCUUCACCUCUCUCUCCUCUUUCUCUCUCUAAACAAACUUCGUCCGUAACUUGUAUUUUCUCUCUUUCUCAUCCUCGUUUAAAUGCAUCCUCUUCGUCUCGAUGUGUGGGUUUCUCCGCCAGAGCUUCUUCUUCUGAUUCCAAUGGGCCCCACUUCGGAUUUUAUCCCUGGGAUCAUCCCUCUAAUUCUGACCCCGGCAUUGAAUGGGUUCCAGAAGAAAGAGUCACAUUGUUCACCGCUGAUGGGCUAGUUCAAAUAGGUGGAUCCUUGGUCCCUAAACGUGUUUCUUCUUCAGAUAGGAACCAAGGGAAAGGCAGGGCUUCUCGAAGAUUUGAACGCUUUCAAGAGAGUAACUACAUGGAUCCAGCUCAAGGAUUAUGUUUGGGUGCACUCUUUGAUAUUGCAGCAACAAAUGGGCUAGAUACAGGGAGGAGGCUUUGUAUUAUUGGAUUCUGCCGUUCCAUUGAGAUGCUUAGUGAUGUUGUGGAGGACACUGUUCUGGAGCAUGGUGGAGAGGAACCCAACAUAUGUUGGAGAUUGAGACAGGAUCAUGUCAAGCAAGGGGAAGGUGUGUGUAUAUAUAUAUUUAUGUAUGUAAGUUGUGACGUCUGUAGUUGUAUGUUUCUAGAGUUCUAGGAUAAACACAUUUUUGGAGUAGAUUAGUCAUUUUCUUUCCAGAAAGUCUGUGUGAUAUGUUUCACUAAUCUUUGCCUAUGUUAACCGGGUAUAGGUGUGGAUCUAAGGCUGUGUUCACUUGUUUGGAAUGAAAUUGGGGAGAAUGGAAUGAAAUUUGUACUAUAAAUUGGGGUGAUUAGAGAAAUUCUCUAUAAUUUUCAUUCCUUCAUUCAUUCCAUUCCUAUUAUUUGAACUAAUCUAACUAGCAUGUUUUGAAAGGAUUGCUCAUCCACUUCUUCAUUAUGUUUACCUACAAUCUUUUUUCAUCAUAAGAAAUUUAGACUCGCUCAUAUUUAUUCACUGUUGUCUCAUACUUUCUUCUUUCUCCAUAAACUUUUUAUUUAUAAUUUUCCUUUCCAUUCUCUCCUCAUUCCAUUCCAUCCAAGUGAAUGAAACCUAAGUGGUGGAUCCUUAUUUUUUAAAACUACCAUAUGCUGUAUGGAUCUGGAAUUUGAUGCAGGUGUCAAUACUCUGCAUGUAAAAUUAUCCCAAGUGAAUUUUCUAUCUUUAUCCCAAGUGAAUUUUCUAUCUUUAUAUUCAUUGUACGGUUUUCAAAAUAAUGUCAAUUACCAAUAUAUUGUAUACACCUAAUUACAGUUGUGAGAUUUAUAUAAUAAAGUCAAAAUGAUAACAUAAAUACAAGUCUCCAAGUCUCAGGGAUCCUGCUCUCUGCUCUCUAUAAACAUACAACUUUGAGGAGUCUUAUAUUUCAUCAUGAACUAGAAGUGUCUGGUUCCAUGAAGGAUUUGACUUGGAUCUUUAACCCAUGACCAAGUUAUUUGCAGUAGAAUGUGUAAGAGGACAGAAAUGGAGAGUCCGGGUAGGGGUGAGCAAAACCGAACUGAAACCGCAAAACCGAACCGAACAAUUUCGGUUCGGUUCGGUUUCAUUUUUUUAAAAUUUCGGUUAUUUCGGUUCAAAUCGAGAUUUAUAUCGGUUCGGUUCGGGUUUUGAUAUGAUAUUUUUGUUUAAACCGAAAAAACGGAAAUUUAUAUUACAUACAAAAUAAACUAGAGAUCAAGAGUGCAUUUACAGUACCUACUACUGAGUAAAUUCACUCUUUAGACAAAGACUAAAGAGCAAAUCAGAUCCCCUUCCUGUAAAUUUAACACCUGCAUUUAACUACUCUUGUUCUGGUAUCAGCCUCUUGAAUAGCACUGAGUAUAUAUUACUCCUGUAUUUUAACAAGCGCAUGUCUCUCUCUCUGAGAGAACACUUAUACAACUAUAUUUUAGUAAUUUUGUAGUCUUGAUUUCUAAAGACAGUAACUUCACCUCCUUGAAAUUAAUCGAGAUUCGACAAACAGAGUGGUUUGUACCUCUGAAUAGCUUCGUCUGGUGCCAGAUUCAUAAACCGAACCGAACCGAAAUAAUUCGGUUUGUUCGGUUCGGUUUUAAAUAAUAAUUCGGUCCAGUUCAGUUUCAGAAAAAAGCAUUAUUCAGUUUUCGGUUUUUUCGGUUCAUUUCGGUUUUGAACCGAACCGACCAAAUGCUCAGCCCUAAGUCCAGGUAACACGGUGUUUUUGGCCGCUGAAGGACAAUAUUGAAAAAGUGAAUUAUAUAAUAUUCCUUCCGUUCAGUUUAUAAAGUCCCCAGUUCCUUGUCUUUUCUUCCCAAUAAAUUGUCCCUAUAAAAUUAAUAUGGUAAAUAAAUUGUUAUGUAUGUUAAGUUUCUUAGAAACUAAUACACAUUCUUGGUAACUUUUAGCAUAUUUAUUACUCUGAUUGAAUAAAAAUGGAUUCUUACCGGUGAACAAGAAAAACAGGACGGAGGGAGUAAAAUAGUAAAAGCAUUGAACUUGAGUGUGCAUCAGAUAAAGCAGAAGCAACUUUAGAGUUCGCCAGGAAGUAAAAAAAAUAUAUGUGAGGGGGGAAUGAGAGGAAAUUUGUUGCUCUUGCCUUUCAAAGAAUUUUAGGCUCCGUAAUAAAUAGUGAACCAUAUAUAUCUGGGCUGUGUGUAUAUCGUGUAAAAUUUUUGAGAUGAUAGAUCUGAUAAAAACAAGAUAGACUCUAUGGGGGAAAUCAGCCACUGGUGACAAAUACCAUGUAGCCUUUGGGUUGGAAAUUAAGAUCCCCGUCCCAAUGAGAAUCCGUAGUGGAAUAUGAGCUGUGUGUGCUAUGUAUCUAUCUGAAUGUUUCCAGACGGAAUAGAAGCUCCCACCAUACCAUUUCGUUGCACUGUCGUAUUGUGCUUUAAGAACUGAAGAUAGAGAACUGCCAAAGCAGCCCUUUGCUAUACAGUAACACUAGCUUGAUCUCUGAUAAGUACCAACCUGGAUCUGAAAAUAGAGACCACCAUCAAGAUGGGUACUGCUGCUGGAUUAAUUUCUGCUGAAAGAUACUUAAGCAUCAAGGUUCAAGUGGACAGGUUAAUGCGGAGUCUCACCACUGUAUGAAUCAUGAGUGGGAUAUACCUUUCCUGUUAAAUUACCAAGACAAUAUAAAUAUACUUUUAAUAUGUCAUAGUGAAUGUAAAAUUUUUACUAAGAUAUAUUGCUUAUAAUUUGUCAGAAGUGAUAUCCAUUUUGAAUUUUUCUCGUAACAAAACAGCUCUAACCUCUUGACAUGUCAGGACACACUACUGUUUCUUGGACCUUGUUUUAGUUGCAUAAAAUAUACAGUGCAUUCAUAAGUUCACAUGUUCGGCAACAUACAUUAGGUGAGUGAUCAAAACUUUGAAAAUAUUGACAGUACACAAGAAUCAUAAGUGCCAUAUACGAUUAUGUAAGUACACAAAAUUCAGCUUGAUGAUACUAAUGAAGGAUUAAUGUAUAAUUUAGCGGUGAAAUCAAAUGUCAUUGAUCCAAGAAAUAAUUAUGUAGUUAAAAAUACUAGUAUCUUAUAUAUAUACAAAGGAUCAGUUUAUGAUUCUAUGGCUUGUUUAUCUGACUUGAGUACAUUUGUUUCCACAAAUCGGUCUUACUCCAUGUUUCUCUUGUGACAGCUUAUUUUAGUUUGGAGAAACACCAGUUAUCUUUUUGAGUUUUGAGGGUGUUUGAGAAUUUCUGUUAACAUAAGAAUAUAGCAUCACAAUCAAGUAUUAUAUUGCAGCAACGGGAAUGCAGACUUUAGGGGAUCUUUAACUUUCUUUGUUGGUAUCUAACGGGUGCAUUUUAUUUUAUGGCCAGGUUGUAACAGCAGAGAAGGCAAGUAAAGG